AUGGACGGACGUUCUGUCUGUGUCAAUGGUACAUGGUCACCAACACCGCCGGAAUGUGUACCAAAGUCUUGUCGAAUACCUGCGCGACUUCAUGUAUUUUUCCUCAAACGACGAACUUCUCAAAUCUUACAGUCAGGUGACGUUAUUGAAGAUGGCACAUCGGCAACGAUGAUUUGCCUGCGCGGGUUUCAUCUACAAGGGAACGGCGAGCUCGAAUGUCGUCGCGGAGUCAUUGUUAGGCCAAUUGGACAUUAUGAAUGCCUGAUUCCGUCGCUGGCUAUUGGGACCAUAUAUCCUCAGGGGCGAACAUUAGCAGACGGCCAGACGGGGACGCUCGUUUGCCCGACGAAGAACAUUACAGUCAGCUGCAGCAGAGGGGUGAUUAGCCCGGCACCGAAUUGCAUUGGAAAUGCCACAACAUUUUGUGCUGCACCGUUGGACACAACACCAGCCCUCAUCUAUAGCAUGCAGAAUAAACAACGGAUAGAACUUGACCGAUUCCAAACCGCAUAUCCUAAUGGCACUAUCUUCCAAUACAAGUGCGUCGAACAACGUGAAGAAGCAAAUGGGAUAGAAUGUAUCAAUGGCGAAUGGAUCAGCAAUUUGCUUCCAUGCUGUAAGAUAGAUGUUCAUUGCUUUUUUUGAGG